AUGCCAUCCCAAAACGACAUCGCCAAACACUUCCGCGCCCUCCACCAACCCGGCAAUCCCCUAAUCCUAACAAACGUCUACGACGCCGCAACAGCCUCGAUAAUCGCCGCAUUACCAACAGCACCGGCCAUCGCAACAGCGUCCUACGCGAUCGCCGCAACGAUCGGCGUCGACGAUAACGCGCUGACAAAAUCCCAAAACCUGACCGCGAUAGCCGCAAUCGCCGCCUCCGCCCGCGCCACGAACCCUACCAAACCAUUAACCGUCGAUGUGCAAGAUGGACACGGCGAUGCCUCGGAACUAGCAGAUACCAUUAGACAGGUCAUCGCGCUAGGCGCUGUGGGGGCGGCGGCGCGGGUUGGGGUUGCUGAUCAGGCGGCCAGAGAGGCUGGGGUUCCUGAUUUUGUGGUUAAUGCCAGGACUGAUGUAUUGCUGACGGAGAAUGGGACUGUUGAGCAGGCUAUUGAGCGUGGGAGGGCGUUUUUGAAUGCUGGUGCUACUACGGUUUUUGUUUGGGGUGGGCCGAGUGGGAGGGGUGUUUCUAGUGCGGAGGUGAAAAAGUUGGUUGAUGCCUUAGGUGGCAUGGUUAAUGUGAAAAUGACUUUGAGAGAGGGCUUUCUGGGGGUGAAGGAGAUUCGGGAGUUGGGCGUUGCGAGGAUUAGUGUUGGGCCGGAGUUGUGGCGGGCUGCUAUGAAGGCUUUUACUGAGAGGGCUGAGCAAGUGCUGGCGAUGUGA